GCGCAGCCAAUGACUAUGUGCACCGUGCUGUCGCGGUGCAUGCCGGGAAUCGUAGUUCCCGAUGCCCCCGGUGCCGGUCUCGAUGGCGGCGCGGCUGUUGCCGGUGCUGCUGCUGGGCUGGGUCCAGCCUGGCGCCUGCACCGACCCUCCGGGCGGCGGCUGGCUGGCGGGCACGGUGCCGGAGGAACCACGGUGCACCGUGGAGCGAGCCGAUGCCUCCCUCACCUACUCGCUCUUCCUGCAGCGGUUCGCCUUCUCCCGGCCGGUGAUUCUCAGUGGGGUCACGGACAAUUCGGCGUUCCGAGCCCUCUGCACCCGGGAGAAGCUGCUGGCGGCCUUCGGGCCCUUCCCGGUGCGGCUCAGCACGGCCAACACCUACUCGUACCGCAAAGUGGAUGUGCCGUUCCAGGAGUACGUGGAUCACCUGCUGAAGCCGCAGGACCCGGCCCGGCUGGGCAGCGACACCCUCUACUUCUUCGGGGACAACAACUUCACCGAGUGGGGCCCGCUCUUCCAGCACUACGUGCCCCCUCCCUUCCGCAUCCCGGGCACCAGCCCCGCCUACAGCUUUGGGCUCGCAGGCUCAGGCUCCGGCGUUCCCUUCCACUGGCACGGCCCCGGUUUCUCCGAGGUGAUUUUUGGCAGGAAGCCCCCCUGGGGCUGAGCCCAAGGGGCUGGAGGGGAAUUGGGAGGGGAUUUGGCCCCGGUGUUUUCCAGCGCUGGUUUCUGUACCCGCCGGAUAAAACCCCGCACUUCCACCCCAACGAGACGACGCUGGCCUGGCUCCAGCACACGUAUCCCACCCUGCCAGCGGCCCAGCGCCCGCUGGAGUGCACCCUGCGCCCUGGGGAGGUCCUGUACUUCCCUGACCGCUGGUGGCACGCCACGCUCAACCUGGACACCAGCGUCUUCAUCUCCACCUUCCUGGGCUAGGGCUGGCAGGGACAAGGACAAGGACAUGUCACCACCACCCCAGCCAGGGCAACCCUCAGGGAAAGGCAAAAAACUUUGGGACCAACUGCCUGAGAAAGUUGUGGU